UUCCAGAAAUGCAGGAGAAACUUCAAAACGUCGAAAUUAACCUUCAAGGGAUCCAUCAGGAAACCAAAGGCUGCCUUGGAAGGGAGGACUUGGAACACUUCAAGAACAUAUCAUCAGCAGGACAACGAGAACUGAAAUUUUUACCUUCACCAGGGAAUAUCUGGAGUCCACAUCUUUGUUGGAGACUGGAGGAAUAGAUGAGUGCUCAGAGGGAAGCCACAACUGCACUGAUCAUGAAGUUUGCAACGACAGACUCUUCAAGUAUAAAUGUUCCUGUUCUACCCGGUUUUGCAUGGGAUGGUUCGCGCUGUGAAGACGUGGACGAGUGCAGCGCCCAAGGGAAGGCUGAGUGCAGUGCCCAGGCGACCUGUAGGAACUCCGUUGGGAGUUACAGCUGCUCCUGCAACCCGCCUUUCGAAGGAGAUGGACGAACCUGCGAGUUCUCGUGCGAAAGCCCGGCCAAAGUCGUCGAGGGUCUGGGAUGCGUGAAGCAUGUGAAGGAAAUGAAGACUUUCCAGGAGAUGAACGCCACCUGCCACGAGGCAGGGUGGCGCCUCCUCCAAGACUCCACAGAUAGUGGUUUACAGGAAGUUCGUCUGGCUCUGCUUGGUCAUGGAGGAUGGUUAGGAGUGUUAAUGACGGGAAAUGGCUGGAGAGCGGACUUCCUGUACCAGAGGAGCUUUGGUUGGGAGGCUCCCGGGGAUCUGCAGACCCUUCCAGGAGGCGUUGUGGCAUCACUGACUGGGAGACUUCUUCUUCUCCGUUCAAAGUGGGUCAACAGGAUUGUUCAGAUAAGCAAUGGGGCAUCUGCCAAUUUGUAAUCACACAGAAAUAGUCAACAUUAGGUUGAUCUUCUGUGUGAGGAGGAGGAGGCAGAGUAAUUACCCUGAAUAAUCCUUCUUUGCCGAAAACUAGUUUGUGAUGAUUUCCCUUCUCGUGAAUAUUAUAGUCUGUAGGAGGCGAAGGAGGACUCUUUCUCUCUUCCUUAUUCUCAGAUAAUGUUAUUGUUUUGCUGAGGAUGAGAAUUGUAUUGUUACUAGAGGAAUAAUAUAUGCUACUAUAUUCAUUGCUGCUCUUCUUCUAUGUAAACCUCUGAGGAUAUAGUACAUGUAAUACUUUGUGCUUUGCAAAGGUUAAAAGCUUCAAUGAGAAAUCUAUGAAGUAUUAAUAUUAUUCUCUU